UAGAAGGGCGACGUCCUGCCGAGCAAUCAUGCCUGCUCUAAGUUUGCGGGGAAAGGGAAGGGGUCGUGUGAAGGCGCUAGCCGUCAAACCACGCAGCAGCACUUCCGGUGCCGCUCAGAAGACUGGUGCUAGCCGCCAUGGAGGUCGUGUUGUGGCUGGUGCGAAGAAACAAGUUAAAGUGGGUGGAGCAUCCCUCAAAAAGGGCGUAGCAGCGGCUUCGAACGGCCAGAAAGGGCAUAGUAGUCGACCAGGAGAAUCAGAAGGCAACGGAGAGCUGACUCCGCCGCCGAAUUCCGCCAGCGAUGUCGUGGAGAUGGGAGAUGAUGAGAAGACGAGGUUGGAUGGGGAGAACUCGGAAUGUAUGCAGGACAGCUCGCCGCCGAAAGCCUCUGCGAAAUCUGGAUCGACUGGAAAGAAGCGCAAUCGUGACCCAGAAGACUUCGUGUUCGCAAUGCCACCGCUAUCAAAGGAGGAGGCCCGUAGUAAAUGGCCACAUCGUUACCUUCAUGAAACUGUCAAAUCUGGGAACAGGAAAAAAAAGGAGGAGCCGCCGACGAAGCGCCAGAAGCCGGCAGGAAAUGCUGAUCUCCCGGAGCUGCGAGAUGACGCAUGCAUCGCACAUUAUGAUUGCGUCGAAGUCGAUGGCGAACUGAUAAGACUUGGAGACGCCGUACACGUCAAGGCGGAGCCGGGGCAACCCGAUUUCGUGGCGCAGGUCGCGGAGAUAUUUGAGACGGAUGAUGGAGACGGCUGGUUUACUGCUCGCUGGUUCUAUCGUGCGCAUGAAACGACAAUGGGCCAUGUUGGCAAUAUGUUCAUCAGCCCCAAAAGAGUCUUCAUUUCCAAUGAGCUCAUGGAGAAUCCGCUGCGGUGCAUCACCGGGAAAACGAACGUCGUAUUCUGGAAGUCCGAGUGGAGCUGGAAGGGUAAAUUGGACUUACCACUGUGUGAUUACUACUGCGAUAUGGCGUACAAUUCCGCGUACUCUUCCUUCGUCGACUUGAAGCCUGAAUCAGACUCGUGUGAGGUAACUGAUAAGGCGCAAUCUGGAGAUGACCUUGUGGAGAUUGACGAAACAAUGUUCAACAAUGCGGUGACCCCGGGUAAUUUCGAAGAGGCUCUACCAGGCGGAAGUUGCAACGGGAGUGAUAACAGCUGUGUUAUUAUGCAAUCUCCUGACCAAAUUUCUUCUCCGGCGAAGAUGGACAACAGUUCAGAGCAGAAAGCUGAGAGCAGAACUGUAAGGAGCCAGCCAUCAGGUCAGGUUACCAGCGCUCAGAAAUCGUCAGGACGGAAAACCAAGUGGCGAGCUGUGGAGUCCGGAAUUUGUUCAGACGCAGACGGCCGAAGGACGCUCGCCCUGUUGGACCUCUACUGUGGUUGCGGUGCAAUGUCAACUGGUCUGGGCUAUGGCGUGCGCUCAGCUGGGCUGAAGCUAGAGACGAAAUGGGCGGUGGAUCUCAACAGGGAAGCUUGCGAAAGCAUCCGUUACAACCAUCCUAACACAGAGGUUCGCAACGAGGAUGUAGGGGAUUUCCUGGGACUUCUUAAGGCAUGGGAAAAGCUGUCCGAGAAGUAUAGUGAGUCUUCUCCAGUGGAGCAAAAGCCAGAGCCGGUUAAACAGAACGAAGCAAAGAGUGCCAAGAAACAGUCGUCCGGAGCUAAGAAGGGUGGCAAGAGGCGCAGCGCCAGAUUGACAAUAGAGGAGGAUGACAGCGAUACUGAGCCCUCAGACGAGGAGUACGAGGUGGAGAAGGUGGUUGACAUUCGAUGGGCGGGAAGCCCUGACAACCACCUUGAGUACAAGAUCCGCUGGGUUGGAUACGACGAAGAUGAAGAUACGUGGGAGACGGACGAUGCACUCGAGAAUGCACAAGAGAAAGUGCGCGAGUUCAUUCUGCUGUCUAAAGCAGAGAAACGGCUUCCUCUUCCGGGGGAUGUUGAUGUGAUCUGCGGAGGCCCACCCUGCCAGGGUGUGAGUGGAUUCAACCGCUUCCGGAACUAUGCGGCACCUUUGGAGGACCCGAAAAAUCAGCAGAUGGCAGUAUUCAUGGACGUUGUCGAGUUCUUACGUCCACGCUAUGUUCUGAUGGAGAAUGUGGUGGACAUUCUGAAGUUCAGCUCUGGUUUUCUUGGCAGAUAUGCACUCACAAGGCUUGUUGACAUGCAUUACCAGGCACGGCUUGGUGUCAUGGUUGCUGGGUGUUAUGGAGUACCUCAGUACCGUGCACGUGUAUUUAUUUGGGGCGCUAUUCCGAGUGAGGUGUUACCAGCCUAUCCACUCCCAACGCAUGACGUUGUUGCGAGAGGAAACACUCCGGCCAACUGGGAGGAGUGUGUCGUUGCUUAUACGGAAACUGAGAAGGUCAAGCUGAAAGAUCGGCUGGUUUUGGCAGAUGCUAUAACUGAUCUUCCCCCGGUCAAAAACCAUGAACGGCGAGAUGAAAUGCCGUAUGCAAGCGACCCAAAGACGGAGUUCCAGCAGCUAUUGAGGCAACCCCGUCCAGGUUCAGAUGACAAGGUCCACUCUCUGCUCUAUGAUCAUAGACCACUUGAAAUGAACGACGACGAUUAUGCACGUAGUUGCAAAAUACCAAGGAAGAAGGGUGCAAACUUCCGUGAUCUAGAAGGUGUGGAGACAUUGCCAGACGGAACAUGCAGACUAACGAAGAGAGUAUUGCUUAGCUCUGGAAAACAACUGUGCCCAGACUAUGCAAUCACAUUCGUAGGAGGCCGAUCCAUGAAGCCUUUCGGAAGGUUGUGGUGGGAUGAAAUUGUUGCCACUGUCGUCACACGAGCUGAGCCGCAUAAUCAGAGUGUUCUUCAUCCUGCUCAAGACCGUGUGCUGACGAUACGGGAGAAUGCACGGCUUCAAGGCUUCCCAGACCACUACAAGCUCUUUGGAACAGUGAAGGCUCGAUAUAUGCAGGUGGGAAAUGCUGUAUCAGUGCCACUGGCUGCUGCGUUGGGCCAUUCAUUGGGCCGUUCGGUGCAGGGGAUCACAAAUGGACAGCCGGUUAUGAAACUCAACACGAACCCAAUCCUCUACUCUCGGCUUGUACCUCUAAGCGCCAAGGGGAAGGGAAAGCAACACCGAUAGCCUACUUGCAUGGGCAACCUUCGACUGGGCUUCCAUGCAACGACAAUACUACUGGUUGCUUCUCAUGCCAAGUCCGGCUUGCAGAAAGAGUACUCACUUUGGGACGAAUUGUAAGUUCUUGGGUACUGAUUUCUUUGUUGAAUUUCGAGCAUUUAAAAACAAUUUAUUUGUCGAAAAACGAGUCUAAUCUGAUGUGAAGCUAGAGAGGGGAGGGGGGAAGGCGGGGGGGGGGGGGACGCGGUGGGAGGUGUGAAGUGUUCAGGACAGUGGGUUACAUCUACCAUCCCCCCAAAUGGUGAUCACUAAGUGAACGAGUUGGCUAGACAUGAAUCUGUGACAAAGUAGAAAAUAUAGCCGAUAGACUCAGGUUUAUACCCUGUUUUUAGAAACGGAUUUAGUCCAUUGUAGUCAUCAUCACCAGGGGCUGCUCUAUGUGAGUCCAGCUACCCUCUGUAUCAAUUAUCAUGGGCCAUCAGCAUCAAGCUGCUCUCAGUGCUGGCAUGACCAUGCCAAGAUUCUGUUUCAGGGGCUGCAGAUUGAAUGCAGCCAACAUCUCUCGACUGGCAGUGUAAGUGGGUCGAGUUUGAUCACUAUGCAUAAGACGAUACUUCGCCUUUCCAUCAGCAGCUGGAUAUCCUCCUGACUAUUCUAUUGAGACUGGCCACUCUAUAGCCUGCAAUUGACGUGGCCAUUCUCUAGCCUGGCAAUUUUGAUCCUGGCUAUUCUUUUGAGCCUGGUUAUCCAUCUGUACUUGGCUGGAGAUUUUGGCAAUCUUAUCUCUUCUCCUUGAAGGUGUCUUCAACCAAAUGAAGUUUGGGUCAAGUCUCGAGUUGAAAGGUCGUGGACCAAGGAAGCUGCCGUCACGAACUUGUGCACGCUCGGCACUCAGACACUUUCAUUAUUCGACUUCUACUUUGUGGCGACCGUCUGCUGAUGUCGAUAUGCCAACAACUGUGCUCUUCUUGUCGGAAAAGCAGCGCAACUGACGGAUGAUUGAAAUGUCAACAUAUCCAAACGAGCAUACGAACCAGAAACGAAUCAUCAGAUUCGACAAGGCCUACAGCAUCAUGCAUGAGACAAGAUCCAAGCAGACAUGUGAGAGACCAAUCGCCAUAGAGAAGGAGAGAAGAAGAAGAGAAAAGGAGAAGAAGAGAAAUACACGCCGACAUGCUGGUACAUUUCGUGGAUGCAUAUUUUGUGUGUGGGUCAUGUCCUGAAGUACAUGAAUUUCAUACGAGGAUCAAGCUGGAGUCAUCCCAGGGGGGGGGGGAGUGAGAAGUGACUGAUUGGUACAUACAAGGAGCAAGGCUGAUGGAGUGAGAUAUUUUGCAACGGAGCAGCAAGCAGUUCUUGCUUCCGUGGAAAUUUUGCACACUUGCUGCCUCAUUAUUGGUUUAGUUUAUUGUUGUUCAGAUCCGAUUUGUUAGAUGGCAUAUUCGAUAGAUACCAGGUAGAUUUGGUUUUGAAAUGGCUCAAAGUCUCCAACUAUUACAGGCACAUCAGACGCACAUGCUGAUUGUAGGUCACUUGUGAUUAAUUGUUUAUUGUCAGCAGUGACAAAAAAGGGAUUAGAGUGUAUGUGUGCCUUGUGCGGAUAGAUAGUAGUGACUAGGUAGAUUCGGUUUUGAAAUGGCUCAAAAUCUCUCCAACUAUUCAGGCUCAUCAGCCGCACAUGCCGAUUGUAGGUCACUUGUGAUUAAUUGUUCAUUGUCAGCAGUGACAAAAAAGUGAUUUAGAGUGUAUGUGUGCCUUGUGCGGAUAAAGGCUCACUGCUUUG